CUCUUCUACGCGUAACAGCAUAUUCUUACGAUCUUCAUCCUUCUCAAUCAGUAUCUACCAUUAUGAUCUCUUCUGGCAUUACGACUAUUACUGCCCGCAUCGCCGUCACUGGCUUUCUUACGGUCUUUUGCUUCAAACGGACCGUAGUCGACAAUACCGCACAGGUCCUGUCCGGAGCAGAGAAGGUCUCCGCUGGCCUCAUUGCAUACUCUAUCUGCAUGUCGACCUUCACGCUUGUUCUCGCCGCCGAUGCAGCUGCACAGAGGAUUCUCAGCAAGGACGCCAAGGACAUGCCCGCCGCUCCGAAGGACGGCGACGCCGACUUUGAUCCUCCAUCCACUAAUGACAACACCGGCUCCGCUACGCCUAAUACUGUCGAACUACAUCAUUCGCAGCCAUCUUCAUGUCCAUCUUCGCCUCCAUCCCCUUCGCGUUUAAUCGAAUCACAGCCAUCUCCAGCUCCAUCAUCAUUGCGUUUAAUCGAACUACAGCCACCUCCGUCUCCAUCAUUGCGUUUAAUCAAACUACAGCCACCUCCGUCUCCAUCAUCGCGUUUAAUCGAAUCGCAGCCAUCUCCGUCUCCAUCUCCAUCGCGUUUAAUCGAAUCACAAUGUACUUGUACGCCUUGCAUCAAUAUCACUUCGCCGAACCUCUACUGCAAACGUCUGUCUACUGAUUCCAACAUCACACUCCUACCCUGCGACAACGACUUCCUUACCAAUGACUUUAAGUCGUUUGUUGACCAAAACUCGGAGGUAAGACGCAGCGUAGUCUCAAUUUCCACAUUACCUGAUGUUUGA